AUAAGAGUAAAGAUGGUGGCUGUAGUUGUUUUAUACACUACAAAUGCUGCCUGGUUACCCAUUCAGCCUGUGUGUGACAGAGUGUGAGAUCAUUGUGGUUUAGAGGCAGAGAGAAAGACACACAGAGUCAGAUUGUGUUAUUGGUGAGUUAAUAGUAGUUAGUCUUGGCAAAGACAAGCUAUUCUGUUCAGUAAAUCCACAGCAGUGAAGAUCCUGGGCUGUAACAGGAGGAAGCUUUCAGAGCGAGCUGAAAGGAAGCUCGGCAGGCCUCGUUCUGCCUGCUUGGCUCCCGGUCUGGACCAGGUUUGCUUUUCAGCCGCCAUGUGGGAGCUGAGCAGUGUCUUCAUUAGGACUCAAGGAGCCCCCUUUGGUUUGGUUUCUCUUGCCGGACUACAGAUGAGAGCUGUGUGCUGCUGAGUUGCACAAGACAAGCACUUUGCUCCACUUUCACUCUGGCUGACUGCAAACAUUGAGAGUGUGUGUAAGAGAAACUCUAACCAGUGGCCACCAAGCAUACUUCCUAGUUCACAAAAUGCCUAAAUGUUCAAACAGUCAGCCUGUGAUAUAUCCAGUGGCUUGUGUGUAAUGGAGAUUAUUGAGUUUAAGAGGAAAUGUGCCGUUUUGCCCCUUAGAUUUGUUUGCACCUUAGGGCCAACAGUGAGACUGAAUGACAGAAAUGUUCGAUGACAAGACGACACCAGAAGAUCCGGGAAAGUGGCGCUGAGUGGUGAAAUAGAGAAGUGAGGCAGACAGGAGAGCCGGAGGGGAUAUUUUUGAGGAACUCGUUCUGUCAUCAGAAACUAAAAGAGUGCGUAUAGUUUUCUCUUUUAGAGUUGAAAAGACACAGUCGAGGACGAAACAGCCAGAGGAAGAAGACAGAAAUGUAAAUAACGUUGAACAUAUCUAAUGCUUAACAACCGGCAGACUAUAUCGUGUUCUACAAACAGCAUGAACAACACAAAACAAAGAGCGGCAUCUAGCACGCAGAGCAAAUAGAGAAAACCACAAAGGCUUUAAAUAGAUGGCUGAAAAGGAGAAGUGUGAAGUGGACAGAGAUACACAGAGGCAGAGGGAGACGUUAGCAUCAGUCUCUAUGAAACCAGUGCCACGGUGGGAUUGAAUGUAUCGCUCUGAGACGGCUUAACCUGGGAUUUACUCACAGCAACGAUUUCACCAAGCAGGGAAGACGGAAACAGGAGAAUAAAGAUAAAGGAAAAGGCGAAACACUCGUAGGAAAACAGGGUCGCCAGCCAUGGGGAACCUCAUUAAGGUCCUUGGCAAGGAUUUAGAGAACUGUCCACAUUUUUUCCUGGACUUUGAAAAUGCCCAGCCCACGGAGGCGGAGACGGCGGUGUGGAACCAGGUCAGCGCCGUGCUGGAGGAGGCUCAUGGGAUCCUGGCCGAGCUGCAGUCCUACAACGGGGCGGGCCAGGAGAUACGAGAAGCCAUCCAGAACCCGGGCGACCUCGCUCUGCAGGAGAAGGCCUGGAACGCAGUCUGCCCCCUGGUGGCCAAACUGAAGCGCUUCUACGAGUUCUCCCUCAGACUGGAGAACGCCCUGCGCAGCCUGCUGGAGGCGCUCACCAGCCCUCCGUACGCCCCCAUGCAGCACCUGGAGAGAGAGCAGGCGCUGGCCAAACAGUUCGCUGAGAUCCUGCAUUUCACACUCAGCUUUGAUGAGCUAAAGAUGACAAAUCCAGCCAUUCAGAACGACUUCAGCUACUACAGGAGGACUAUAAGCAGGAACCGGCUGAACAACCAGCAGCUGGAGGCGGAGAACGAGGUCAACAAUGAGAUGGCCAAUCGGAUGUCUCUGUUCUACGCUGAGGCAACACCAAUGCUGAAGACUCUGAGUAACGCCACCACCAAGUUUGUGUCAGAGAAUAAGACCUUGCCCAUAGAGGACACCACAGACUGUCUGAGCACGAUGGCCUGUGUGUGCCGCGUCAUGCUGGAGACUCCGGAGUACCGCUGUCGGUUCACCAACACAGACACCAUGCUGUUCUGCAUGAGGGUGAUGGUGGGAGUCAUCAUCCUCUACGACCACGUUCACCCCGUCGGGGCUUUCGCCAAGACCUCCAAAAUCGAUAUGAAGGGCUGCAUCAAGGUGCUGAAAGAGCAACCGUCCAACAGUGUGGAGGGACUUCUGAACGCGCUGAGGUAUACGACAAGACAUCUAAAUGAUGACAGCACCUCCAAACAAAUCAGGGCCCUCCUGCAAUGAGAAGGUUCAGAGAGGAGAGAAGGAGCGCACUUGAAGGAGGAGAGAAAAGAAGACGAGGAGGAAACGAACGCCAGUGUCUGAUAAAACCUGUUGGUUUACAACGAUCAAAGAAGAAGAGGAAAAUAAUUAUAUAUAUUGUCAGCUGUCCAUCAUUCUGUCUCUCAUUUUGUAAAGUAAGAAAAGAGAAAAAAAGCCAGAAAAGAAAAUAUAGAUAUAUAUUAAAAACAAGUGCAACACAAGCGGAAGAUGAAACAUAAGUAGGACUAGAGAGGGAGUUAUAUUGCAAAAUCUAAUGUCAGAAACGACGCAAACUGAAAAUGUACAAAAAGAAACAAAAAAAGGGUUCAUGUUCCAGCAGUAGUCUGACAAGUAUUUUUGCACACAAACAACGCCAUGUCCUUUCCCCUGAAGAUCUGAUCCCAAACUGACCCCUGCAGACUUUCCUGUGCCCCCUCACACACUCGCUUUUUAACUCUCCAGACGUAGUUUCCUCCUUCAGCUGCUCCGACCUCCACCUGCAGGAGAUUUAAGAAGCAAUGUGAUGGAUGCACUCCGGAGAUUUGCUUCUUCCUGUUUUGUUUAUUUAAUGCAUCGGUGCAGCUGAAGGAAAGGAGGCAAGGAGAUGAGUGUUAUUUCAUCUCCAUUAUCGCCAAGUUUUCUCCCAUCAUUCCUAUCCAUCCAUCCUUAGGUGUUUCUCCUUGGCACUAAAUCUCCAUCAUAUGUGCCCUGACACUAUAUACGAUCCAGCAUCAUGUGUGUAUGGCUUUACUUGAACAAUGUAGUUCACUCUUUCUCCAUGGUGCUAAUGUGGUUUAGAUAUCACAGUACUAGCUUGUUAGAUAUCCGUUUAUUCGUCCCUCUUUUGCACUAAUCUCAAUUUCUGAGAACAUCUGCUAUAAGCUUUAAUGUGAUUUCACAUUAGUGCACAAACAGGGACGAAUCACAAGACAUGUAAACUCAAAAAAAGGCUUUGUAGGAAACCACAGCACACUUACUUCUUCACACAGUGCCAAAGCUGAUUGGUUAUUGCUUUUAUUUCAUCAUGAAGCGAGGAUCUGAGGAUUUAAGGGGAUGAAAUCUUGUAAAACAUCACUGAUAAUCAUUUGAAGAACACAUGAAAGUGCAAGACCAACUCAUGCACAUAAAAGUCAGAAGGUGAUUCACACACAUGCAUUUUAAAAGGGGAGAUCUGCAGUGUAAAUAUGUGAGGCUUUUUUCAACGGGCAUCUACACGGUCAGCUUGGGUCCUCAAGGAACAACAUUCAUCAAAAAACCUGCAUAGAGUUAUUUCUUUUAGUACGAGGUUGUCUAAAUAACUAAGUAAUUGAAUAAGUGAAAAUAAAAAACUGAGAUUAAAAAGAAGUGCUGUACUUUGGAUGUCUAUAGCCCUUAGUCUAAUUUAAUUUGAUUUUAUAAUAUAUUUUCUAUACAGGGGUAUGUGCACAAGCAUAGUCUGUAUAAAUAUAUAGAUGGCAUGUUGUAAAAGUUCUGACAGAAAUGUGUAAAUAAGGUGUUUUUAUUCAUUUUUAAUUGUUCAGUGACGCUGGAAUUGGGUAUGUGUUGUCUCUCAGAAUUACCAUGCGUUUGGCUUGGACCAUCGGACUUGCCGUAGUCAUAGGUUUCAGAAACUCAGCUUCAUUAUUGCAGAUGAACCAGAGGGAGGGGGGAGCGGGGUCAGGGGCUAUCCAUUUGCUUGUUAUUUUGUACAUUUUGUGCAACAAUAAACUUGUCAUUUAUUACAUUCAAA